AUGACUCGUGGUAACCAGAGGGAAAAGGCUCGUGAGAAGAAUCUCAAGGAGCAAGCCGCACAAGUAGGUAUCAGCUCAGCACGACUACGACCCUUCAAACCUCCGACUUCUUCGUUUACUAUCCGUCGAUAUUGCGAGCAUCCGGACCCCAAAAAGAAGAACACACAGUCUGGCACGGAGUUUCAACGAACGAAAGAAGCGCAGGCGGCUAUUAUGCGAGAAAAACAGGCUAAAGCCGAGGCCGCAAAGGCCGCCGCAGCAGCCCAGCCAAAGAAGAAAUAA